AUGGGGACUCAGCGCCCAUGGGGGGCCCCUUCACUGCUGCCAGAUAUACGCCAUCCAGUCCUCCUCCUGGGGGACCCCGACACCCUUUCUGUGCGGGGAUACUCCAGAGCCGGAGGUAAAGAGGACCUGUCUGCUUCCUCUCGAGUUUCCAGGAGGAAGACAUCUCAGCCUGACAACCUGAGAAAAAGUGGGAGCGUUCACCUGGAAACCUGGAGGAGCCUGGACCACUGGGCCAACGUCGGUAAAGACAGGAAAUUCCCGGAGGGGCACCCAAAUGAGAAGAAGGAGAUCGGAGCUCAUAACAAGUCUCAGCUGGAAAACCAAACUGAAGAGAUUCAGUUCCAGCUGCUGGAGAAGAUAAAUACUGGAGGGUUUUAUGACCUGAAAAGACUGUUCUUGUCCCAUGACCCAGAAGGCCGCGGGAGAGUCACCAGGGAUGCUCUGCUGGUGGUCCUGACUAUGUUCCUCGGCCGAUUUAUUAGUAGAAUGCAGUUUCAACAUCUCCUAAGCAGGUUACGUCUGGAUGAAAAACCCAUCAUCACGUUUGAUCAUUUCUAUGAUCACUUCAAACUGGAAGAAAAUAAAAACCCUCCAGACUGGCUGGACCCUAUGAAAAGGAAAUAUAAAGCAGCUGUAAAGACCGCCCACGAGGUUCACCUGGAGCUCAAGGACAUGGCUAAUCACAGAUAUUUUGAACUCCUGAAGCUUUUCCCAAAGGAUUCCCUGACCUCAUCGGAGUUCCACAGCUCCUUGUCCAAGCUGGGUGUAAGGAUGGCUGAAGAAGAGUUCCAGAAGUUGUGGCAGCGAUACGUCAGAGAAGACAGCGGGAUUCUGGGGAUUGAGGACCUGCGUUGUCACCUAGGAGCAAAGAGUGCGCAGGAUGUAUAUGAAGAUCGUAGCACUCUGCUCUCCGGACUGCAAAAAGUGUCUCAAAGCCACAGAGAGCAAAAAAUGAGUACAGGGGUUGGAUCGCGAUCAAGAAAUGAGAGGAAGUUGUCGCUCAGCAUUGAGAAGUGGUUGAAGAGAGAUUCAGAGAGGGGGUUCGAGCCAUGAUGGCCGAAUUCCUGGUGUGUGAUCCAGAGAGGACCCACAAGGUCUCAAGAGAAGAUUUCCUUAAGGUUUUGGAUAAGUUCCAGCUCCAUCUCACUGGGGAGCAGUUGGGUCAUUUCCUCGCUCGUUGUGGUUUAGAUGAGAAUUCCUCUGAUGUGGACUAUGUGGACUUUCUACAACGUACUCAGACAAGAAGGAAGAGCGGAAGAACUCACAAAAUCCUGAGCAAGGAAAACAGGUCUGCACACAGACUCUCUGUAAACUCAGCGUCCACUACCAGGGCCCUGGAGGAGAAACUGCUGCAUUAUUUCCAUGCUGACUUCAGCGCCCUCCUGGAUGAGUUCAGGAAGGCCGAUACCAACAACCUGGGUGUAAUCAGUCAGCAAGACUUCAGAGGAAUCCUGGAGAGGAGGUUCUACAUCAAGGUGACAGAUGAAGAAUUCGCCUACUUACUGGAGAGAAUUCCAGUCGAUCAUCAUGGAGCCAUCAGAUACCUGGACUUCAUGGCCAAGUUCAAUAGCAGGGAUGAGAAUUUGAGUCUAUGGGGCGGAAACAAAACAAUUCUGACCAACUGCAGCCAAAAAUCGAAAAAAGUCAGUAAAGUCGGCGAUAAGGGGAAGAGUGACAAAGCACAAGUGAGGAAUGUGGAGCAGCUUACUGGAGUCAUCAAAAAUCUUGUUAAGAAUAAUUAUGAAUUUCUGGAAAGGAAUUUCAAUGAGAUGGAUCCCAUGAAUACCAGGAGGAUGACAGCAGAGAGCCUGUACCAGCUACUGAAAAGAUGUGGUAUUCAUCCAGAAAUGUCCAGAGAGGAGGUUGGUAAGGUCUGGAGAACGCUGAUCCAGAAUCAGGACCAGACAGUGGAUUACUUCCAGUUCGUCAGACACUUUGGCUUUUCCAUCAAAUCCUCGUGUUUUCUCAAUGCUAAAAUCUCUCCACCAGUCAGAGGUGAUGGUGACUGCCUGAUUCGCUCUCUAAAACUGAAUUCCGACACCAAGAUCAUCGCCAAUUUCCUGCAGACCAAGGUCAAACUCCUCCUGCCUGACCUCAGGCGACAGUUCCAGGAAUUGGACCCUCAGAAUUCGGGAUGUGUCACCAAAGAAGAAUUUCUUGACAUCUUGCAGGAGCUGAGCCCAGACCUCACUAUUCACCAAUGUGACACCUUGGCUGCCAAAUUCGGACACGGGCCAGACAAAAUUUCCUAUGUGAAGUUCCUUCAACCCUACCAGACCGAAACCUCCACAAUCAGACAGAAUGGAGCCAAAGUCAAACCGGUGACCCCUCCGAGAGGGCCCAUAGAUCAGAGUCUGAAUGAAAUCUCCUUCAAACUACGACAGAAGCUGUCCUCAGUGGAUUGGAGGAACCUUCUACAAACUUGCCAGAAACUGGACACACACGGUUGGGGUUACCUCCUACUCCCGGAGUUCCGAUCAAUGGUGAAGCUCUGCAACAUCAUCCUGGAUGAGGAUGACAUUUAUCAUAUCAUGUCUCACUAUGAUAAAGAUCUAGCAGGGAAGAUCAACUACUCCAGACUUGUUUCAGAUCACAAGAGGAGGGAAGGAUGA